CUCUGAGAGGAGGGACAUGCGUACGCACAGUUGAGCAGUAUAGCAAAGCAGCCUUUGCGCUGUGGACUAUGGUUGAACUUUUGCCUGGGAGUAACUGUUUACAUUUUUGGAUUGGGUUUUUGGAUAGUGUUGACUAUAUAUUUUAUAAUCUCAGAAUGAUAGAGGAAGUGUUUUAGUGUAUGUAUUGGAAUCAGCAUUUGUGAACGGAUACUGGCUACCUGUUUAAUUGGCGCGCGGUCGUGAGUUUGGCAAUGCAGUCAGAGGACCAAUCAGAGGUUCGUGAGCUAUUUUCCAUACUUCAAAAAGAGAUCUGCAGCUGGUCUCAAUAAGGAUGAAAAUGUCAAACCAUCAGACCUGGAGGUAACCCAAAGACGUCACUGCUCCCUUCUCUCUGUGUCCCAAAGUGGAGAUGGUCCACUGGGCCACACUGCGUUUGACAUGUGUCUGGAUCCAGACUGUCCUGGCCUCGGCGUUGGACACCUGUCCCUCCAUAGCCCCCAGUCCUGUCAAUUUCUCCGUGGUAUACACCAUGCCCUUCUUCCAAACAAAGAGCCCCAUCCAAAACAUAGUGACUAACUCAAUGUACCAGGAAGUGUAUGUGGCAUCUAAGAAUCUGAUCGAGGCUGUUAACGUGUCUCAGAAUGUGACUGAGGCAGUCCGAAUGAAUUUGGAGAAGGUGUGGCAGCUUCCUACAGGCCCAGUGGGUGGCCCGGAGUGCAGGAUUUGUGAUUUGUGUGAUGUUGACAAGGAUCCCUACUUCCUGGAGAACACUGACAAUGAGAUAUUGCUUUUGGACACAUUCUUUAUGUAUUUAUAUUCUUGUGGGAGUUCUCAAUAUGGCGUGUGCUAUUUCCACCAACUUAAGACAGAUGGUCAGCCACCCAAUUCUUCAAAAUGCUUAUUCCGAAAAGAAUCAAACUCUGCUGCCUAUUGUCCUGACUGCCUUGCCAGCCCCCUGGGCACCAAAGUCACCAUGGUGGAAGAGGGGCAGACUGUUUAUUUUUUUGUGGCUGCCACCGUUAAUGACAGUGUGACACAGAGAUAUGGCAGGAAGUCAAUAUCCGUGCGGAGGCCUUUGGCGACAGAGGAUGGAUUCUACCGCGAUGUGAGGGGACUGACUGUACUGCCUAGCUUGCGAAAGACGUACAACAUCAAGUACGUCUACAGCUUCUUCACCCAGGAGUUUGUCUAUUUCCUGUCCGUCCAGAGAGAGAGCCCUGACCAGGAGUUCUCCCCGUUUCAGACGAGGCUGGGCCGCCUUCCAAGGAAUGAGUGGGAGAUGAGAAGGUACCGGGAGGUGGUUCUUGAGUGCCGGUUCGAGCCCAAGCGGAGGAGGAGGAAUGUGGCCAGUGGGACCGAAGCCUUUAAGGAUGUGGUUUACAAUGUGGUGCAGGCCGCCCACUUCAGCAGGGCUGGCAAGGAACUGGCAGAGGAGCUUGGAGCGGAGGAAGAGGAUGACAUCCUGUAUGGUGUGUUUGCGGUCACAGAUGACAACGGCAUCACAGAGCCCGACUCGGCCCUCUGUGCCUUUCCCAUGGACAAUGUGAACAAAGCCAUCGAUGAUGGGGUGGAUGAUUGCUGUAAGUCUGGCCCAGAGCAGCUGUCCAGGGGGCUUUGCCAUUUCCAGGCCUGCGAAAGCUGUCCUCAUGAGAGCAUGGAGAACAAUGCCACCUGCAGGGACCACCCCACCAUGGUGUCCAAGCCCUAUUACAGAGUGGACCUCUUCAACCGGGAGAUGAAUAAUGUCCUGCUCACCUCCCUACUGGUCACCACCAUAGAGAACAAGACGGUGGCUCACAUUGGCACCUCCACUGGACGGCUCCUGCAGCUUGUUUUGAGAAGAUCAAGCCCUUUUAUCUUCGCCAAUUUCACCCUGGUAGAGAACCAGAGGGUCUCUUCAAUUGCUGCGGUGUACUCGGCAGAAUCUCUGCUGUUUGUGGUGGGAAACAAAAUGAUCCAGGUGCCACAGAGGGGGCCAGGAUGCCAGCACUUCAUGAGCUGUGCAAUGUGCCUGACGGCCCCUGAGUUCAUGGGCUGUGGAUGGUGCUCUGGGAAGUGCUCCUGGGAGAAGGAGUGCAGUGGCCUCUGGAGGAAUGAGUCUUGCCCCCCUGGUAUCACUGGGUUCUUUCCCAAGACUGCUCCCUCUGAUGGUCAGUCAGAACUGACUCUGUGUGGCUGGGAGUUCCAGUCUCCCCAGAGGCCUGCCAUCAGCUCCAGAACCCACGAGGUCAGACUUGGUCAGAGACCCUGUGUUGUGCUGCCAAAGAGCAACAACACCCACCUGGUUUGUAAGAUCCUGUCUUGGGGCAUUGAGCUGGCAACACCCGUUAACAUCACUGUGGAGGUGCACGAAGGGAGGGUGGAGGGCCGCUACUCCAUCGAUGGGAAAGCAGAGACCUCAGGAUUUACCUUUGUGAUUCCUAAUAUCACAGAGAUCCAACCCAACUACGGACCUCGUAUUGGGGGAACUCUGAUCACUGUAACCGGGCUUCACCUGGACGCUGGGAAGACCAGACGGGUCACCCUUAACGGAGAGCCCUGCCCAAUCACCAGUGUCACAGAGCCCAGAGGCAACAUGUCCUCCAUCAUCUGUCUGUCCCAGCCCAUUUCUGAGGUGAGGGAUGUCCCCCUCAGUGUGUUCAUAGACAAGUUCCCUGUCCUCACCACCAAGGUCUUCUACUACAAGGAGAACCCGGAGGUCACGGCCGUCCUCCCGGACUGCAGUUUCGACAAUGGAUCAAAGAUUAUAAUUGAAGGGAAAAACCUGGACUCUGUGUACAGGACCGUCAUCCACUUCAGGGCCAAAGAAAGCCAUUUGAAACCUGUAACCAUAGAGUGCAAAGGCAAGUCUUUACCCACGCGGAUGGAGUGCAUGACUCCUGCUUUUCCCCGGGAAGAGACAGAGGAAGGAGAGCUCUCCUUCGAUAUGGAUGGAGCUGUUGGACUGUGGAAUGGGGAGUUCUCCUACCACCCUUAUGGCAAGCCCAUUCCCAUUGAAACUGAGGGCCAUGUGCUUAGGCUGUACCCAGGUCAAGAUGAAGUGUCCCUACAUCACCAAAAACUUAACCUUGUGAGUUCCUGCAUGACAAUUACCAUGACAGUGGGAGGAGUUGAUUGUGACGCUAAAGUCCUUGACAAUGAAAUCACCUGCAGGAUCCCCAAAAACGUGACCAUCACAAGUGAAGGACUGCCUGUGAAGAUCUCCAUCAACGGUCAGGUUCACAACGUUGGGGCAGUGGUCCUGGUCACAAACCACUACACGGUGGGCAUUGUGCUGGGCAUAUUGGGGGCCCUGGUGGCGGGGGCUGUGCUGGCCUUUGUCGUCAUGAAGCACCUGAGAAAGAAGAAGAAAGCCUCUCAGGUGGAGAUCCGUUUGGCCCAUAACCACAACCGCUCCGGCAACAAUGGUGUGGACGUCUCAUUGGCGGGGGACUACAGAGGAGUCCAACCUCUGAGGCCUAGUUCAGCUGUGGGGAAUCCAGGGGCUUUCCCCAGCCUUACUUAUGCUGUGGGCAAUAUGGACCCCACGCUCACCCCCCUACUGCCCCCAGAGAAGAUCUCCAUCUCCAGCUUCAGACCGGAGCUCCUGGAGGAGGUGAAGGACGUACUGAUCCCAGCAGACAUGCUCAUCGUCCAGCACCACCAGAUCAUUGGCAAGGGUCAUUUUGGCACAGUUUACCAUGGCUACUUCACAGACCACAACAACAGAGAAAUCCACUGUGCGGUCAAGUCAUUAAACAGAAUAACUGAUGUAGAGGAGGUGGAGCAGUUUCUAAAGGAGGGUAUCCUGAUGAAGGGGUUUCAUCACACCAAUGUGCUCUCCCUGCUGGGCAUCCUGCUUCCUCAGGAAGGGCUCCCGCUGGUCGUCCUGCCAUACAUGAAGCAUGGAGACCUUCGCCACUUCAUUCGCUGUGAGAAAAGGAACCCUACUGUUAAGGACCUGAUUGGUUUUGGACUCCAGGUCGCCAAGGGGAUGGAGUACUUGGCGCAUAUGAAGUUUGUACACAGAGACCUCGCAGCACGCAACUGCAUGCUGGAUGAGUCCUACACAGUGAAGGUUGCAGACUUCGGCAUGGCCAGGGAUGUGUUUGAUAAGGAGUACUACAGUGUUCAGGACCACAGAAAGGCCAAACUGCCAGUCAAGUGGAUGGCAAUAGAAAGCCUACAGACGCAGAAGUUUACGGCCAAGUCAGAUGUUUGGUCGUUUGGGGUGUUGAUGUGGGAGAUGUUAACCAGAGGAGCAAGUCCCUAUCCAGAAGUGGACCCCUAUGACAUUACAAAUUACCUACUGAAGGGCAGGAGACUACCCCAACCGCAAUUCUGUCCUGACCCCUUGUAUGCCAUCAUGCUGCAGUGCUGGGAUCCAGACCCGGAGAUGAGGCCCAGCUUUGCCACCCUGGUGUCUGCUGUCUUGACCAUCCUGUCUGGGCUGGAGGGGGAGCACUACAUCAGCCUCAAGGUCACCUAUGUCAACCUGGACCAGCCCCGCCCCUACCCUGCCCUCACAGAGUCCGCAGACGAGCGGGAUUCCUCAGACACUGAAGACAUGCGCUGAGUGUCGUCGUGAAAUCACAUUAGGGAAGGUACAUGUAGCAUGGCUUGGUGCUAUGAGCUCACAUUAUACCUUGUAUAAUCAGCUACCUGGCAAAGGUUUUUGUAAAUAACAAUGGAUGUAACGUCCUCAUGUUUCUCUUUAAUUUUCUUGAGGUUUAGUGAUUAUACUGUUUAUUUUGGAUCACACAUUAACAAAACAAUAUGUACCUUAAUGUUUUAAUAGUGAUCUGUCCAUAUUCUGUUUGGUUUAUUUCACACAGUGUUUUAAAGUCUAAUAAAUUAACAUAUUUAU